AUGGCAAAACGCCGUACGAAGAAGCGUACCCAGGUGCAGGGCAAGGAUGACUCGGUCAACACCAAAAAUGGCGCCUCGGCGACGAGCCAGACCCCCAAGUCGAUGGUAAUUCGCAUUGGAGCUGGCGAAGUCGGAUCGAGCGUGAGCCAGCUGGUCAAGGAUUUCCGAUUGAUGAUGGAGCCUGAUACAGCCAGUCGUUUAAGGGAACGGAGAGCGAACAAACUCAAAGAUUAUACCUCCAUGGCCGGCCCAUUGGGCGUCACGCAUUUAAUCCUGUUCACUCGAUCAAGCACCGGAAAUACAAACAUGCGUCUGGCCCUCACCCCGCGGGGCCCGACUCUGCACUUCAAGGUCGAGAACUAUUCUCUAUGCAAAGAUGUAGCGAAAUCCCUGAAGCACCCACGCGGUAGCGGCCAGACCCAUCGAACACCGCCCCUUUUGGUGAUGAACAACUUCAAUACCCCGGACGCAAACGAGAACUCGAGAGUCCCCAAGCGGCUCGAGUCUCUCUCCACCACUGUUUUCCAAUCGCUGUUCCCGCCGAUCAACCCUCAGGCCACCCCUCUUACUUCGAUCCGCCGUGUGAUGAUGUUGAACAGAGAGAAAUCAUCAGCAGAUGGUUCUGAAGAGGACGGAUAUGUUGUUAGUCUCCGGCACUACGCGAUAGCCACUAGGAAAACAGGCGUCUCCAAGAGAAUCCGCCGUUUAGAUCCCACAGAACAGCGCAACACGGACAGGAAAAAGGGUCUCCCGAAUCUCGGAAAACUGGAAGAUGUUGCUGAUUAUCUGCUGGACCCUGCGAGUGGCGGCUAUACAUCUGCCAGUGAAACCGAGCUUGAUACGGAUGCUGAAGUCGAAAUAACCGAAAAUACCACAAAAAGGGUCCUCAACCGACGCGAAGUGCAGCGUAUGAAAAAGGACGGCGACAAACCCGCAGAAAAGCAGGCGGCAAGCAAGCCAAACGUGGAGAAGCGAGCGGUGAAACUGGUCGAGCUAGGACCCCGUAUGAAGCUGAAGCUGAUGAAGGUCGAAGAUGGAAUGUGCAAUGGCAGAAUCAUGUGGCACAAUUUCAUUUCCAAGUCUGAAAGGGACGUUAAGAAGAUGGACGACGAGUGGAACCGUCGGAAGCGACAGAAGGAAGCACGGAAGAAGCAACAAAAGGCAAAUAUUGAGAAGAAAAAGGAGGAAAAAGCGAAAGCCAAGGCUAAUGGACAAGCUGCUGAUAACGAGGACGACGAGGACGUCAGCAUGGAUGACGAUGAUUAUGAUGAUCAAUGGGAAAGCGAUGACUACGACGAAGACGCCGAAGUUGAGGGGGACGAUGGAGAUGAGUCCAUGGAGGAAUAG